AUGUUAGAAGGAGACGGAAAUAAUGCUGAAAAUGAGACAAUAACAGAUGUAAAUCAGGAGGAAACUGUAGGAGAAGCAGCAAAAAACAGAACAGACUGCGAGCUUUGUAAUCAAAACAAAAAUGAAAAAUGUGACCUCUGUAUUAAACGACAGAUAAUAGAUACUAAUAGAAAAGGCGCAAAAGAUUCGUUGACAGUACAAGCAAAUAAAAUGACAGCAUUAUCUAACAGAUAG